AUGGCUAAAAUGGACAACAAGAACACAGGGGAGGCCUAUAUUAACGAGAUACAUUGGAUUAUCAUAUUCAGCAGUGAGGCGCUACUAAUUCUAGUGGGAAAUUCUAUUACAAUUAUUAUUUUUAUAAAGAUUCAGAGCCACCUAAGGCGGACAUGCUACCUGCUCCUUUCCCUAACAGUCGCCGAUCUGUUACUCGGUGUAGCGAUAUCAUUGCACAUAUGGGAUGGUAUUUUAUUUUUGUCCAGAAACCACGAGUCACGCAGCCUGCCUCUGAAAUACAGUGGAGUUACUAUUGACGUUUUAGCUUCAACAGCCUCUGUUUCAUCGUUAGCUUUGAUUGCGUUAGAGAGAAUGUUAGCCAUAUUAUGGCCCUUUCGGCACCGGACGUUAGAGACCUGGCACUACCUAGUUUCAACUGGCGCUAUUUGGCUAAUUGCCAUCAUAAAUGGUAUGGUGGUGCUGUCUCUUUAUUCUAACGGCGCUAUAAGUUUCGCAACAAUGGGACUUUUCGCGAUAUCAAUUCUCUCUACAGUUGUCAUUUUUGCUUCUUACCUAGCAAUAUGGAUAAAUACCAGACGAAACCGGAUGCAAAAUAUUACAAAUAGGUCACUGGCACAGAACAAAAGGCUUGCAAAAACUCUUUGCAUCGUCACCCUACUUUCUCUCAUUACACAGUUGCCAAGUGGUGUGAGCUUUGCAGCUCCCACCUUCUUGGUUGAUCCACGAUCUCUGUUUACACAGAUUACUGGAGUUUUACAAUACGCCAAUUCUUUCCUUAAUCCAAUUAUCUACUGCUUACGUAUGACCCAGUUUAAGAAUGCCAUUAAGAAACUUUGUCGUCGUCCUCAUUUCGAGACGACAAGGCCACCUUCUUCGAGCCAUCAUCUUCCAGCCUUGGCAACCCAAAAAAUAGCAGUGACAGCGUUUACAAAAACAUGUAAUACUGUUGGCAUUAAUUGUAGAGCAUUAAGUAACAAGAGUACUCCUUUAAAGGGUAACCAGGACUAUGUUUGUCAAUGA